AUGCCCCCCAAACGCGUUCUCAUAUCCUACUGUGUCGACGUCGAUGCCGUAGCCGGUUGGCUGGGCUCUUACGGCGGCGAGGACAGCGCCAAUGAUAUCAGCAGGGGCAUCUGGGCCGCGACGGUCGGAACGGAACGUCUGCUCAAGAUGUUCAAGGAAUACGAUAUCAGGACGACAUGGUUCAUACCCGGGCAUAGUCUCGAGUCGUUUCCCGCGGAGAUGGCGAGGGUUAGAGAUGCGGGACAUGAGAUUGGAUUGCAUGGCUAUUCGCAUGAGAAUCCGGUUGAUAUGUCGCGGGAGCAGCAGAGAGAUGUUUUGAAGAAGACGGUUGAUUUGUUAACGGAGUUUACCGGGAAGAGGCCGAGGGGAAGUGUUGCACCUUGGUGGGAAACCGACGCGGAAGGCGUGGCGAUGCUUCGGGAAUAUGGCGUUGAAUAUGAUCACAGUCUGAGUCAUCAUGACUGCCAGGCGUAUUACCUCCGCACAGGCGAUGAAUGGACAAAGAUUGACUACACUCAGAAGGCAGAAACAUGGAUGAAGCCGCUGGUGCCGGGCAAGGUGACAGAUCUAGUCGAAAUCCCGGGAAAUUGGUACAUUGAUGAUUUGCCGCCGAUGAUGUUCAUCAAGUCGGCGCCAAAUAGCCAUGGGUUCGUGAACCCGCGAGAUGUCGAAGAUAUCUGGCGGGAUCAUUUCGAUUAUUUCUAUCGUGAAUACGAUGAGUUUGUAUUUCCGAUCUCGAUCCACCCGGAUGUUUCGGGCAGGCCGCAGGUGAUUUUGAUGCAUGAACGGUAUUUAUUUGGAGAAUCUGAAAUGGGCAAUGGCUAACGGGUCUAGGCUUAUCCAGUAUUUCAAAUCGCAUGAAGGAGUGGAGUUUGUGACUAUGGAGGAGAUUUGUGAUGAUUUCAAAAGAAAGCAUCCAUCGCCUGUUGAGUGAGUGAGCUGGAGUAGCCUGGCUCUAUGGUGCGAUUUGGCGAAGAUCUCAUUAUGUAGGUAUUUCUGUUGAAUGUGGAAAGUCGUUGAGCUGUGCAGGUUGUGAGCUCUAUCAAUGCAAUCCUAUCACUAGUCAAGCGUAUCACAUCGACGAACCGGCUGCUUACCCUGUAAACUUUCCCGUGCGACCAACCUGGAAUCGGCCUUCGGUGAUCCGAAUCGGAUGGGAAAUCU